AUGCAAAUCAGCCAGGUCAGACAGAACCAUCCUUCCACCCUUCCAUCCUUGAAAAGCAUCACUAACAAGCAACACCACCCACAGCUUUACGUCUACCCCAUCAAAUCCCUCCGCGGCAUCCCCCUUUCGAAGGCAUCCCUCACCCGCACCGGCUUCCACCAUGACCGCCGCUUCAUGCUCCUCAAGGCCACCCAGGGGGAAGCCGACGACACCCCAACCCUGAAGAACAUGCACGUCCCACACUUCCCAGAAAUGGCCCUCUUCACGACCGAGUUCAUCUACCCAGACGGCGAUGACGCCCCGGACCGCAUCCUCGUAACCUACCACCCCCCAGAUCCCACCUCGGAGAAACACUCCCUAGAGAUCCCCCUCCACCCGUCCACGCACGGUCUCCGCGCCCUCAACAUCGACAUGCACCGCAGCCCCACACAGGCCUACGACAUGGGCACGGCGUACAACGACUGGUUCAGCGCUCGCUUCGGAUACGACGUCGUGCUGGCGUAUCUGGGCGGCCACGCGCGGCCCGUGCUGGGCACGUUCGCGCCGGGGAAGCACCGCGCGCAUCGGGCGGAGAAGCUCGCCUCCGGCCGGGCAUCGUUGGAGGGGGUGCUUUCGACACGGGCGCUGGUGGUGCUGGCGGCGGUGACGCUUCUGCUGAAUUUCGCGGCGGGAUUGGGGCCGGGGGCAAAGGUCCACUGGGCUAGUAGUCUUGCGGCGACGGCGGUCGCGGGUGUAGUGUCGUAUGCUCUUGUAUGGCGACUCCGCCGGGUGGAUGAAGAGGGAGAGGGGGAUGGGGAUGGGGACGAGGAGACGAUCACGUUUGCGGAUGCGGCGCCGUACCUGCUUACGUCGCAGACGUCGCUGGAUAACGUGUCGGCGCGGCUGGCUGGGGAUGCGCGCGCGGAUAUGACCAAGUUCCGGCCGAAUAUUGUCGUUUCCGGGGCGGCGGGGGCGUUUGAGGAGGAUUUCUGGGCCGUGCUGACGGUGGGGGAUGCUGAGGCGAAGGUGAAGGCGAAGUUGCUACUCACGGCGAACUGUGUGCGGUGCCAGAGUGUCAAUGUGGACUAUGCGACGGGGAAGAUGGGCACGGGCGAGGCGGGGACGGUGCUGAAGAAGCUGAUGAACGACCGGCGGGUGGAUACGGGGGCCAAGUACUCGCCUGUGUUUGGGAGGUAUGUGUUUCUGGACCCCGGGUCGGAGAAUUCGGUGGUGAGGGUGGGCGAUGCGGUGGAGGUUGUGAGGAGGAUGAAGGAACGCGCGGUGUUUGGUGAGAUCUAG